AUCUUCUCCUCCUCUCCACGAAUACUCCGCCUCUCUCUCUCUCUCUCUCUCUCUCUCUCUCUCUCUCUCUCUCAAUCUACUUGAAUUUCAAUCUAUCUCCUCUCUCCCCUUAUCCCUUACUCGCUGCUCUGCCAUGAUCGGCGGUUUGUCCUCCUCCUCCUCCUCCUCCUCCACCUCCACCUCCACCGCCGCAGCCGAAUCCGGCGUCCUUCUUCGCGGCGUCAUCGGAUCCGAAGGCAUCGAUCUCUCCGAUUCAUCCUCCUCCUAGGUUUUGCUCGCUACAUGCAUCCUUUCUGUUGCGUCUCCGAUCACUCCGCUUCCAAGGCCUUACCGGAGCCGCCGUCUCCGAUGUACGCUGCCUCCUCCGGAACUCCGUCCACCUCCGUGAGAUCCGAACCGGUUAUGAACCGAUCCGCGUCCCAGAUAUACAACCAUUCCUCCGCUCAAUCCAAUCACCAUCUCCUCCUCCACAGCCUCUCUUUCAACAACCACAGUGACGCUGCCGGCCGCUUGGGCCACCGCGUCCUCGCCUUGCCUGCGUCGGCGAGGGACCCGCCUGUGGAUUUGAAGAUCAACGAUAUCGUCGGAAAUGGUAUUGCUGGGAUACUGUACAAGUGGGUCAACUAUGGCAGAGGAUGGAGACCGAGGUGGUUCGUUUUGCAGGAUGGAGUGUUGUCGUAUUACAAAAUCAAUGGACCCGAUAAGAUCUUCGUUAGCCCUGAGACCGAGAAGGGGUCGAAGGUGAUCGGAGAAGAGUCCAUGCGUAUGAUCUCCAGACACAGCAGGCACCACGGCGGCGGCGGCGGCAAUCAUCAACUCCGCCGCAAGCCUUUCGGCGAAAUCCACCUCAAGGUUUCUUCAAUUCGGGAGAGCAGAUCAGAUGACAAGAGAUUUUCGAUAUUCACAGGGACCAAGAGGCUCCAUCUGCGUGCUGAGACACGAGAGGACAGAACAGCUUGGAUGGAAGCACUUCAGGCCGUCAAAGACAUGUUUCCGAGGAUAUCCAACAGUGAAUUGAUGGCUCCGACCAACAAUUUGGCUGUCUCAACGGAGAAGCUAAGGCAGCUGUUGAUGGAGGAAGGAGUGGCUGAGUCGGCCAUUCAGGAAUGCGAACAAAUCAUGAGGUCUGAGUUCUCAUCACUUCAGAGCCAGCUGCUGCUUCUCAAGCAAAAGCAAUGGCUGCUCACCGAUACCCUCAGACAAUUAGAGACAGAAAAGGUUGAUCUGGAGAACACAGUUGUAGAUGAGAGUAGACAUCCUGAAAAUGGAGUUUCCAGUGAUUUAAGGCAUGAGAAGUUUAGUGAAGGGACUGCAAGUGAAUCUGAUGAUGAUAACGAACGAGUUGAUGCUGCAGAGGAAGAAACUGAUGAGGAAGAAAGUACAUUUUUUGAUACACGUGACUUUCUUUCUUCGAGUUCUUUCAAAAGUAGCGGAUCUGGCUUUCGUACAUCGUCAUUUUCUUCCGACGAAGAAGGGCUUAAUGGGUUUGAGUCAGAAGACAGUAUUGACCCUUCCAUCAAAUCUGUUGGGCUCAACUUUCCUCAUGUCAAGCGGCGGAAGAAACUACCCGACCCAGUUGAAAAAGAGAAAAGUGUUAGUCUUUGGUCAAUGAUCAAAGACAACAUAGGGAAGGACCUCACAAAAGUCUGUCUUCCCGUUUACUUCAAUGAGCCUCUCUCUUCGCUACAGAAAUGUUUUGAGGAUUUAGAAUACUCUUACCUUCUUGACCGAGCAUUUGAAUGGGGGAAAAGGGGCGAUAGCCUCAUGAGGAUUCUUAAUGUAGCUGCUUUCGCUGUGUCUGGGUAUGCAUCAACCGAAGGAAGAAUCUGCAAACCUUUUAAUCCGUUGCUCGGGGAAACCUAUGAAGCUGACUAUCCGGAUAAAGGCCUUAGAUUUUUCUCGGAAAAGGUCAGUCAUCAUCCCAUGAUUGUAGCAUGCCAUUGCGACGGAACUGGGUGGAAAUUCUGGGGUGACAGCAACUUAAAGAGCAAAUUCUGGGGUCGAUCAAUACAGCUCGAUCCUGUCGGUGUAUUGACUUUGGAAUUUGACGACGGAGAAGUUUUCCGUUGGAGUAAGGUGACGACAUCGAUAUACAACCUCAUACUCGGUAAAUUAUACUGCGAUCACUACGGUACAAUGCGCAUAGAGGGCAAUGGUGAAUACUCCUGUAAGCUUAAAUUCAAGGAACAGUCCAUCAUUGACAGAAAUCCUCACCAGGUUCAAGGUAUAGUUCAAGACAGAAGCGGGAAGACAGUGGCCACACUGUUUGGGAAAUGGGACGAGAGCAUGCAAUACGUGAACGGUGACUGUUCUGGGAAGGGGAAAAUGAACGAAUCGCUUUCGGGUUCUCAUCUUCUCUGGAAACAGAGCAAACCUCCGGAAUGUCCCACAAAGUAUAACCUAACCCGCUUUGCCAUUACAUUGAAUGAGCUCACACCUGGUCUUAAGGAGAAGUUACCGCCCACGGAUUCGAGGCUCAGACCUGACCAGAGGUACCUGGAGAACGGAGAGUUCGAAAUGGCCAAUGCAGAGAAGCUGCGGCUCGAACAGCGUCAACGCCAGGCGAGGAAGAUGCAAGAGAGGGGAUGGAAGCCGAGGUGGUUCGAAAAGGAGAAAGGGAGCGAUACGUAUCGAUACAUCGGCGGAUACUGGGAGGCUCGAGACGACAACGGCCGAUGGGAAGGUUGCCCGGACAUCUUCGGCCAGAUUCCUUCCGACCAGCACCACUUCUCUGAGUAAAGUCCUUGCCCUCUCCAAAAAUCCUUCCCCCAUUUCUCAUCACAGAAAGGAAAAAAAAAAGGAAGGUUCAAAUUUUCCCCUCCUCUUUUAUAGUUUGCCCAUUCCCUUUUUCCUCUCUUUACGUCUCCGUAUUCAAUUGGUCUUUCACCAGUUUUUGUUUUCUUCUUAAUUUCUCAUUAUUCUUUAUCACCCAGAGAAUGAGUGGUGUCCCAGAAACCCACUUUAUAAAUACAGCAUUUUUCUCCAAAAACAAAAAACAAAGAGAGGAUGAAAUCUGAUAUCCUGUUUGGUUGUACACAUUAUUCUUAAUAAUAAAUAAAUAAAAUGAAGCACCUAUUCUUUUGAUA